AUGAACCAGCUGUAUCAGGCCCGGAGGGAUGAGGAGGCUGCGAGGCGGGACAGGAGUCUGGCAGAGUUCCUGGUCAUGCUGGAUGGGUAUAAGCCAUUGAUACCGGAAGAGGUCACGGAGUACUAUCUCCAACGAGCGGGAUUCGACUGCUCCGACCCAAGACUAAAGCGCCUCCUUUCCCUCUCCACCCAGAAAUUCAUCUCGGAUCUUUCGCGCGACGCGUUCCACUUCGCCAAGCUCCGCGUAAACGGAGCGGGAGCGGGUAGAGGACGUCCAGCAGCAGCUGAUCGUAAUCGAGUUGUGCUGACUAUGGAUGACCUGAGCCUGGCGCUCGGGGAGCACGGGGUGAAUGUGAAGAAGCCAGAUUACUGUCAGUCCUCGAUGAUCAACGCGGCAUACAACCUUGCUGACGAUGUACAGACCUGUAGAAUCUGA